AUGUUCUGGUUGCGUAAUUUCAGUUGCAUGCUCCUUUUCAUCAUCCAGCCAGGCCAUGGUUCUGAGAUUAUUGAAGGGAAAGAGGUUGAGCCACACUCGCUGCCUUUCAUGGCCUAUGUGGAAAGCAAAACAUCUUUCUGUGGAGGGACAUUAAUCCAUCCACAAUGGGUACUGACUGCUGCUCACUGCACUGGUGUGAGUCUAGUGAUCCUGGGAGUCCACUCCCUCCAGAAAGUGGAAAGAGAUUCUUGGCAAAUCAGAGAAGUUGUGAAACGUUUUCCUCAUCCGGACUAUUACAGUGUCUUCCUGGGCAAUGACCUCAUGUUGCUCAUGCUUAACAAACCUGUGGAGUUGACCAAAACAGUGAAAUGGCUCGAGUUGGGCAACACUGCCAAAGACCCUCCAGCUGGCAGCAAGUGUCUGGUGGCCGGAUGGGGAACAACCGAAAAGACGGACUGGUCGGAUGUCCUGAUGUCAGUCAAUGUGACUGUGAUUGACAGACAGAAGUGCAACUCUCAUUAUUAUUACAACAACAGACCUGUUAUCACCAGAGGCAUGAUAUGUGCUGGUUCAAAUGGUUUAAACAAUGCUGAUACCUGUCAAGGGGAUUCAGGAGGGCCACUGUUGUGCAAUGGAGAGCUGGCUGGAGUCACUUCUUUUGGAGAUGGUUGUGGUAUUAUUAACAAACCUGGAGUCUACUCGUUUAUCUCGAACAAACAACUCGACUGGAUCCAAGAAACCAUUAACAGAUCUGAAAUGUCAUGAAUCCGCAGGCAUCGACCAAUAUGAGCAAAG